CACGAAUAUGGCAUUUUACCGUUGGCACAUGGCGUUCAAUGCCAAGAAAAAUAGCUCCAUGUCAACUGUCAAACGCUCAGAUUGGUGGACUGCCGCGUUCCCGCCAACGAAAGGAUGGGCAGCUUGUGGACCGCCCAAACCUUUGAGGCUAUUCCCGCCAACCACGAUCGUGGCGAGCAAGAAAUGCCGUAGAAGGCCUCGGAGCGAAACCAAAGUUUCCAUGUCCAGUGUGGGCGGAGAUGGACUGCGAAUGCGGUAGGUAAUAGAAGGCUGUAUUAUCGGUGGAGCCUCGUGGCCACACGCACCGUCGCGAACCGCACUGACGACACACAGACACACACACACACACACACGUACACAGCAACGAGUGAUCCCUCAAGUGAGAGCUUUGCCGUCUUGGUAUAGAUUGGCUCAAACGACGCUCACUCACGUCGAUAUAGAAUGGUCGGGCAGGGGGACGUUCAUGGAGUUGCCAAGGCGGAGCAUGCUGCAAGGCAGAGCCAUGGGGAAGCAGGAUGUAUAUGAAUACAGUCCGGUGACACUCGAGGCCUGCAGAAAGCACAAAGAUAUAAGUCUGCAGUACUCUGCCUCUCUUCAGGCCUGUCUUGUCACUCAACAAGAAGCUCUCGCCUCGUUCAAGAUCUUUGGCCCCUCAGACUUAUCACAGAGCUUGCUGCAAGAGUCGAGAACAUUAUGAGGUCUCCAUCCAUCCUCCUGGGCACCGCCCUGGUCGCCACUAGGGCCACGGAGGCCGUCGUGGGCUCUCCUGAGGGCUUCGCUGCCGCCACCACGGGUGGUGCCGGGGGAUCUACGGUCUACCCAACGACCACCGACGAGCUCGUCUCGUACCUGUCCUCGAGCGAGGCCCUGACCAUUGUCCUGCAGCAGACCUUUGACUUCACCGACACCGACGGAGAGGUCACCGCUACCGGGUGUGCCCCCUGGGGCACCGGGUCUGCCUGCCAGGAAGCCAUCAACCAGGACGACUGGUGCACAAACUAUGAGCCUGACGCACCCUCGGUGACGGUCGAGUAUUAUCCUGCUGCGACGCUCGGCAUCACCAUCACCAGCGAUAAGAGUCUCAUCGGCUCUGGGAGCUCAGGUGUGAUCAAGGGCCGUGGUCUCAGGAUCGUCAGCGGCGCGAGCAAUGUCAUUAUCCAGAACAUCGAAAUCACCGACCUGAACCCCAAGUACGUAUGGGGAGGUGAUGCUAUCACCCUGGACGACUGUGACUUGGUGUGGAUUGAUCAUGUAACGAUCUCGCAAAUCGGUCGCCAGCAGAUUGUCUUGGGUACCGAGGCAGACGCCCGUGUGAGCAUCACAUACAACAACUUUGACGGCACAUCCUCAUACUCGGCCGACUGCGACACCUAUGCGUACUGGGGUCUCUUCUUCGACGGAUCCGACGACCUCGUCACCCUCAAGGGCAACUAUAUCCACCACUUCUCAGGCCGUUCGCCCAAGGUCGAGGGCAACACACUCCUGCACGCCGUCAACAACUACUGGUAUGACUACAGCUCCGAAGGCCACGCGUUCGAGAUUGGCACCGGCGCCUACGUCCUCGUCGAGGGCAGCGUCUUCCAGAACGUGCCCACCAUCCUGGACGCCGACCCAACGGGUGAGUACUUCACCUCGCCCUCGACGACGGCCAACGAGGCGUGCGCCGCAUACUUGGGCCGGGACUGCCAGGUCAAUGGAUUCGGCAGCUCGGGCACCUUCUCCAGCUCCACCACGAGCUUCUUCUCCGACUUUGAGGGUAAGACCAUCGCGUCGGCCGAAACGUACCAGUGGGUGCAGGAGUAUGUCAUCGCCGGGGCUGGCGUUGGUGUUAUUGACUAG